GGGGCCGCUGCUGUCAUGGCGGCGGCCGGCCCCCGUGCCGGGCAUCCUGCCCCCGAGGCUGCGGCGCCCGGCGAGGCUCCGCUGCAGUACAGCCUCCUUCUGCAGUAUCUGGUGGGUGACAAGCGGCAGCCCCGGCUCCUGGAGCCCGGGAGCCUGGGCGGGAUCCCGAGCCCGGUCAAGAGUGAGGAGCAGAAGAUGAUGGAGAAGGCGAUGGAAAGCUGCGCCUUCAAGGCGGCGCUGGCCUGCGUGGGAGGAUUCAUCUUGGGAGGUGCGUUUGGCGUGUUCACCGCUGGCAUUGACACCAACGUGGGCUUCGACCCCAAGGAUCCUUACCGCACACCGACCGCCAAGGAGGUUCUGAAAGACAUGGGGCAGCGAGGGGUGUCCUACGCCAAGAACUUUGCCAUCGUGGGAGCCAUGUUUUCGUGCACGGAGUGUUUGGUAGAAUCUUACCGAGGAAAAUCGGACUGGAAGAACAGCGUCAUCAGUGGCUGCAUCACCGGGGGAGCCAUUGGCUUCAGAGCCGGCCUGAAGGCGGGCGCCAUCGGCUGUGGAGGAUUCGCCGCUUUCUCAGCUGCAAUCGAUUACUACCUGCGGUGAGAGUCGCUGCCCUUGAGAAGACUGCCCAGGCCUGCACCAUUGCCAGCCAGAGACGUCUGCGGGCGCUUGUGGCGUUGGCCUCAUGAGAGAGCUGCUACACUGCUGCUGGCCCCAGCUGUGGAAGAAGCUCCGUC